AUGUCAACCCCCCCUGCUACGGGCGAGACCCAGCCUCCGCUGGAAAUCCUCGAAUCUGGCACCGGCCAUGGUUCCUUGACCCUCCACCUCGCCCGUGCCAUCCAUGCCGCAAACACAACUCCGCCGCCUCGCCCAUCGCGAUCACAAAUUCAAUAUGUGGAGAACCGGGCUCUCAGGCCAGGCGACGAGGAUGCAAAGGUAGACGGAAACCAGACCCCGCAGACCGACGACACGACCCAGCUAGAAUGGGAUGCAUGGCGAACGGAGCGCAACGCUGUGAUCCACACCGUGGACGUCUCGCAUAAGUUCGCCGCCCUGGCCGAGCGAAAUGUUAAGGGGUUCCGCCGGGGAAUCUAUGCUGGCGACGUUGAUUUCUACGUGGGUCCCGUCGAGAACUGGAUCGCCGAGCAGACCAAGCGACGGACGAAGACCGGGAUAUUGUCCUCGUUGACCGGGUCCUCCGCGGUGGAACCUUUCUUGUCUCACGCCAUUCUGGAUAUGCCAUCGGCGCACUUGCGCAUUCCGCACGUUGCGCCGGUCUUGAGGCGGGAUGGCUAUCUCGUGGUCUUUAUGCCGAGCAUCACUCAGAUUGGCGAUUGCGUGCAGAUCAUUCGUAAGCAGCGGCUGCCUUUUGUUCAGGAAAAAGUGGUCGAGCUGGGACUUGGAAUGACAAGUGGUCGCCAUUGGGAUGUUCGACUUGCAUAUAAGAAGUCUGGGGCGGACCCUUCGUCUUGGGCUUCGUCUGCCGAGGCCGAUGGUGAAGACUCGGUCUCUGCUACUGAUGCGGAAGUGACAGGGUCAAGAGUUGCCCAUAACGUGGAUGAGAUCAUCGUGCCUGAGGAGCCCGCCAAAGAGGAGGAGCCUGUCAUGGUCUGUCGACCCAAGGUGGGGAUCCGUACCGUGGGAGGCGGGUUUGUUGGCAUCUGGCGGCGCAUUGAAGAUCCCUCUGGACGGUGA